AUGCCUUGGACGGGUCACGAUCGAAUAAUUUUUGAACUUUUAUUCAAACUUUUCUUUUUCACUCUACUAUCGGUUUCGUUGGCGACUGAAAACUCGUUAAAAGAACAUGCUCGAUAUCGGAGACAAUUAGGAGAAGCUGAGGGUGGAACUCCGAUCGAUCUAAACACAACGGUGCCUUACAUCUUCUCGGCUCGUCUUUACCCUUAUGGACCUGACAAAGGCGACAAAAUUCUUUCAAACGCUGUGCAAGCGAUUUCUCUCAUUGAGCCUUUUUCGUAUCUUGGAGCUAUCUACGAUACUAUUUAUAUCAGAAACGAUGGAGCUGUGACUUUAACUGCUGAUCCUCAACAACCUUCAGUGUUACCCUCACAACACCCAGUGAUCGCAUUGUUUUGGAUGCCCACUCGUGGCGGGAAAGUCUACUAUCGGCAAACGGAAGAUGCAAGCAUUCUCAAUUUGGCUCACAAUGAGGUCAACAUUCAGUACCGAUAUGGACAAGUGUUCAAUAUUCGAAGUGUUGUGGUGAUUACGUGGGAGGGUGGGCGAGAUCCAAAUCGAGCGAGUCUUGAUGGAAAUGUUUUUCAACUUGGUCUUUUGAUUGGCGAUGAUAUGACUUUCGCACAUUUCAUUUACAGUCGUCUUGUUUCGAAUCGAGAUGCUGUGGCGGGCUUUUCAAAUGGUGGCAAUAUCACUUUCUCACUUCCUGACUCGGGAACGGCUGACUCGAUUCUCCUACGGGAGAAGAGUGACAUUGGAAUCCCGGGCGAAUGGCUUUUCAGAGUCGAUCCAAACGAAAUCUAUUUAUGUGGAGCUGGUUUUAAAGGACUAGAGUGUGUGGAGAGUUGUUCUCCCAAUCAAUGGUUCAACGAUUGUUCUCGGGGAUGUCAUUGUGAGAACGGGGAUCAAUGCGAUCCGGAGAACGGACGAUGUCCAUCAAAUCGAUGCAGUCCCGGUUGGGCACAUGCUCCAAUCUGUGACCGGGACAUUGAUGAGUGUCUCCAGCCGCGAGUCUGCCCUGCCGCUCAACCGGAUUGUGUCAAUACGCCUGGCGCUUUCAUGUGUCUUUGUUUCGAAUAUGAUGAAGCGAAGGGGAAAUGCAAAGGAAGUGAAGCGCUAGAAAAAGAAACAAAAUUGGGAUCAGUGAGUGUGGAGCCGGUUCAGCCAUCGAUUUCUCUUCAAACCAAAGCCACACGGAAACCACUAUCGUUCACCCCAACUGUUUUAAAUUCUCCACUUGCACAGUCCUCCUCCUCCUCGUCCUCGUCCUCCUCCUCCUCGUCCUCGUCCUCCUCCUCCUCCUCAAAUUGCCCGCUUUGUCAUCCAAGAGCUGGCUGUAACGCUGGUCAAUGCGAAUGUGAAUCCGGAUACGCAGGCGAUGGAGAAACAAGUUGUGAAGAUAUUGAUGAAUGUGCACAAUCAUCACCAUGCGGUGAUCAGGGAAAUUGCAUAAACACAAUUGGUUCCUAUGAGUGCACAUGUGGUCAAGGAUAUCGAUAUGAUGGAGAAAAAUGCAUAGACAAAGACGAGUGUGCAGAAGGAGCGGUGUGUGGUGAAGGAGGGAAAUGCGUGAACGCAGAGGGUAGCUUCCAGUGUCGUUGUGUGGAUGGAUAUCAGGGAAAUCCGCUUAGUUCUCAAGGAUGUUCAGACAAAAACGAGUGCGAAGAGGAUGGAUGUGGAGAUCACGCGGAAUGUACGAAUACGGAGGGUGGCUUUGAGUGUGAAUGCCACGAAGGCUUUGAGAGGCUUAAUGAUGAGGCUUUUUGCACGGAUAUUGAUGAAUGCGCUCUGUCCCCUUGCCAUGCAGCGGCUCGUUGCACAAAUCUCGUCGGCUCAUUCACAUGCGAUUGUAUUGAUGGCUUCAUUGGGAAUGGAGUGGAAUGUCACGAAACGAUUCUCUACCCGAUCGCAAAUGAUUCAUUUGUAGUGCCAAGGGGAAACUCAUCAGCCACUUUUGCUCUUUCGCUUUCAAUCAAGAUUGGUGGAAAAGAAUAUUCUAUUGUCAAGGUUUCUCCGAACGGAUUGAUCACUUUCUCACAGAGAAUGACGUCAAGAUCUGAGUCAAGAUCUGAGUCAAGAUCUGAGUCAAGAUCAACUGAGUUCGAUGAUCCUUCGAUUUUCAUAUUGAGUUCGAAUUUUGAUUAUGCGACAGAGGGACUUGUCACUUACACACGAGUAAAUGCUUCGGAUGACUCAUCUCGAGCUCUUCUUCACCGAGCCACUUUAUCUGCUUCAUCUCAAUGGGCCAUCGAUGACUUUUCUCCUUCUCAACUUCACAUUUUCAGUUUCAGUCGUAUGCAUCAACAAGACGGUGGCCCAGAAGCUUUGAAUUCUUUUCAGGCUGUAAUAGCUACUUCUGAUCAAAUGACUUUGUUGACGUUACUCUACGAAAAAGUGAAUCUUCACGGUGGAAAGGCGAUGUUGCUAGUGAAUGGAGAUAAAUUUGAGAUACCAAUUGACUCUCUGACCACUCGAUCGAAUGUGGAUCACCCGGGGAAGUGGAUGAUGAGAAUUGAUGGCGAAUUGCCGAUUCAAUGUCCAGCCGGUCGAAGAAAGCCUCCACUAUGCGAGAGUGAGUGUGUAAACGGUCGAUGGGGUGAAGCUUGUUCCCAGAAAUGCCAUUGUGCAAACGGGGCGGCUUGUGAUGUCAUCAGCGGAAUGUGCGCUAACGGGGCAUGCACGCCUGGAUUUGAAGGGCAAACAUGCAGUCAAGACGUAGACGAGUGUGCCACCGGCAUUUUACGUUGUCACGCGAACGCCGUUUGUCGAAAUCAAAUUGGUAGCGCCGAAUGCGUGUGUGCUGCAGGGUUCAUUGGAAAUGGAACAACUUGUGAAGAAAAAGGACGUUGUUCAUCGUUUAAUCAAGCAUGUUCACCAAAUGCCGAUUGUGUGGACAUCGACUCCUCACCGAUGUGUCAAUGUCGACCCGGAUUUCAUGGAGAUGGUUUCACCUGUAGCCAACUUGUCGAACCAAAACCAACAAAACAAUUGAAAGCAUUGCAGGCACAAGGUGGUUCUUCGUCGAGCGAAGUGCAAGUUGAUGAUGAGAAACCGUUCUUGAUGAAAGAAUGGGAGAUUGACUCAACUACACCCAUUCCUAUUCCCACCACCACCACAACGACAAAAACAACAAAAAAACCCGCUUCACCAUUACCAGCAGCGAAAAGACCCAAUUUGAUCUUUGCAGGAAAGAUACGACCAUUACCGUCGUCGGAGAUUGAAGUGAAUCCAAAUCUCGUAGAAGUGCAUGAAAAGAUUGAAGAGCCUGAAUCCGAUUCAAGCAUUUGGAUUUUCGUAGUAGCUCCUUGCAUUCUAGCGGGUGUAUGGUUGGUGUUGAUCGCAGCUGUGAUCGGGAUCUGUUAUCGAACUCAUUUGUCCCAUAGAAUGUCAAGACCGCAAGUUAGAGUUAAUCAGUGGCGACCGACAAAUCAGAGACGAAGAUCUUCACAAACGGCGUACAAUCAGCGGGCAUUUCAAGGAUAUGUU